GCCGGUCACCUAUCAUUAAUUCAUAAACCAUUGACGGUGUCCGUAUAUAAUAUAUGGCCAGGGUGCAAUUUACCCAGACCGCAACAAGAAAGUAAACAAGCCGUUGAUAGUAUCGUUAUAUUAAUUCGUUUUUCAUCGAAACAAUAUGAAGACGCUUAAUGUCUUAUCGCUACUCAUAUUGGUAAUGACGUCAUUAGCAUCCAACCUGGUUCUGGCCGCACACGAGGAUUCACUUCAAAUCUUUCCGCAGCUCAAGCGAUCGAAGAAAGUUAUCAGUGGCUUUGCAGACUUCCUAGUUUCGGCACAAAGCGAAGUUGUACUAUCGGAGGAAAGCUACAUCCAAAAUUCAAUCAACAAUGAAUCGGCAUUAUUAAACCAAUUGACUGCCGCCGAUGUACAAGCCAGCGGACCAGAGUGUCUGGAUUUCAUCCGAACCAGCACAAACCUGCUGGUCAAUCUAGCCGGUAUCUCGUACACGAACUGUUUCAAUGAUGUUGACACUCGAAUGUUCGAAGAGCUGUCCAGAUUUCCCGAGCUCGCGUUGACACGUGAAGCAUACGAUCAAUUCAGCCUGCUAGGGGUAUUCCGCGGGGAGAACAUUUUUAUCGAUCCCAUAAAGAUUCGUGACAAACUGUUAGCUCGGUUGGGUGCCCGUGUCAGCAUGCCAACACUCAACCCAGAAACGGAAGCCACCCUACGGGCGGUAUUGGGUGGGCUGAAAACCAAUUUUCUCGCGUGUAUGAACUCUUCGCAAACCAAACUGGCCGACAAUCUUCAGUACACUUCCGAGCAAGUGCGGGCAAUCUGUGCGGCAGAAGCUACCAAACAUAUCUAGGAAAUAGCCAUCUGUCAGAGAGCUUGAUAUGCACAUUCGCAGAAAUCACGAUAUUACAUACUGAAAUGAAAUAAAUGUUUCAGGUUUUGUUCGCA